UCAUUCUUCAGGCAUGGAUCAUCGCAGCCACAGGGCUGACUCAUGCGUCGGUUUGAGUUAAAAACUGCUGGAGCACUCAGGGAACAAACAGUCUUCUGUGGGACUCCGCCGUGCACUUCUCAGGUUCUCAACAUCAGCCCUGAAUUGAGAACUUGAAUAUGGACUCCACAUGGUCGCUGCUGCUGCUGCUGCUUAACCUCACAGGAGCUGUUUGUGCAGUGGUGCAAUGGACAGAAUUAGAUGAAGCAAAGGCCUAUUUGAGACAGUAUGGGUACCUGAAUGACCCUGCUGAUCCGCUGGACCCUCACCAUCUGGAAGAGGUCAUUGAAGCUCUUCGGGUUUUCCAGGGGGUGAAUGAUCUGCCACCUACUGGAGAAUUAAAUGAAGCUACUCUGGAAAUAAUGAGACAGCCAAGAUGUGGAAUGGAGGACCCCUUCAACAAGAAACAUCACAAAUACAGAGUGAUGGGUCGCUGGAAAAAGAGGAGCCUAACCUACCGCAUCUACAACUACACACCUGACAUGAAGAAGGUAGAGGUGGACAUGGCGGUCCAAUCCGCCUUCAGGUAUUGGAGUGAUGUAGCUGCUUUGACCUUCAGAGAGGUCAACUAUGGCAGAGCGGACAUCAAGAUCUCCUUUCACAAGAACGACGGCUACUGCUCCAUCGCAUUCGAUGGCCGUGGUCACGUACUUGCCCAUGCCGAGUCACCGGAAUCUGGUGUAGUCCAUUUUGAUGAGGAUGAGUUCUGGACUGAGGGAACAUACUACGGUACUAAUCUGCGCAUUGUGGCUGCACAUGAAAUCGGCCACGCCCUCGGCCUGGGCCACUCUCAGUUCAGAAGUGCUCUGAUGGCUCCAGUCUACUCCGGUUACAGAGCCAAUUUCAGGUUGCAUGCAGAUGAUAUCAGAGGCAUCCAGAUACUGUAUGGUAAACACAUCACCAGCACUUUAGCCAGUCCAACAGCUCCAGGAAGCCCCCAUGGUGCUGAGAACAUCCCUGACCCCUGCACUGCCAGACUGGAUGCCAUCAUGUUAGGUCCGUGGAGGAAAACAUUUGCUUUUAGUGGUGAUUACGUCUGGACAAUCUCCGAUCUGGGACACAACACACCAAUAAAGAUUGACUUGCUGUGGAGGGCCCUCCCUGGGAACCUGGAUGCUGUUGUGUACUCUCAAAGAACCAACAAAACAUACUUUUUUAAAGACAAUAAAGUGUGGAGAUAUUCCAUGUUCGUGUUGGACUACGGCUACCCAAAACAGGUCAAACGGAUCCCUCCUAAUAUUGAUGGAGCCCUUUAUCUGGAGAAGAACAAGAAGUUGGUCUUCAUCAAGGGUUCACAGCACUGGCAGUGGGAUGAGUUGAGCUACACUGACCUAAGCCGCUACCCCAAACCGCUCUCUAUGCUCUUCACUGGAGUGCCGUCCAGUCCGGAUGCAGCCUUCACCUGGACCAAUGGCAAAAUCUACUUCUUUAAGGGAGAUGAGUACUGGCGUGUGAAUAAGCUGCUGAGGGUUGACGGAGGAUACCCGCUGAGCAAGAGGGAGCGCUGGAUGCGAUGCUAGGGGCAAACCAGCAGGGGGCGGCAUGUAUCAAGAAGUCCACGGCAGGGGUGCUGGUUCCACUCCAAAGGCAUUGACAACCAGGCAACCUCAACAGCAGUGACUGAUUGUAAAAUUCUCCUUCGAGGACAUAUUUGUGUUUUUGUGACUGCGAGAAUUAUGUAAGCUUUUGUAUGAUCUCAGGGAGAAAUUAAGAAAGGCCUUGUGUUUCUCUCAAAACAUAUGUGUUGGAUUAUGUGUGAUAUAAUAUGAUGGGAGUGCGCACUUCCCGUUCAAUGUUUUUACCGAAUCUUGCAUCUUUUAAAUGUUUUUUCAGUGCUCUUAAGCAAUAAAAUGUUUUCUUAUCUUA